AAAUGAUACUGACCCUGAUUCUACCACUGACAAGGCCUACUAAGUGACAGAUGGUUUAACAAUGUGUGCACAACCAAAUGACUUGAUUUUUUUCGUGAACGGGAGUAAGGUGGUUGAGCCAAAACCAGAUGGAGAAGCAACCCUUCUUCAGUAUCUUCGAAGAAAAUUGCUGCUCCCGGGGACGAAAGAAGGGUGUGGUCAUGGAGGGUGUGGCUCCUGCACUGUCAUGGUGUCCAAGUUUCAGGGCAAAUCUGGAAAGAUAGUACACUAUACAAUGAAUGCUUGCUUGUUUCCAUUAUGUGCAGCUCACGGUCUGGCUAUUACAACAGUUGAGGGAGUUGGCAAACCCAACACUGGAUUACAUGAGAUACAGAAAAGGAUGAUAGAGUCUCAUGCAUUACAAUGUGGAUUUUGUACACCUGGGUUUGUUAUGUCUGCAUUUGCACUCCUCAGGAACAAUCCCUGUCCCUCCAAAGAUGAAGUUGAGAGAGCCCUCGAAGGUAAUCUCUGCCGUUGUACAGGUUACAGACCUAUCCUUCAAGCUCUAGAGCCAUUUACUAAGGAAUGUUGCCCUAUGGGAGAAAAUUGUUGUAAGAAUCAGAAUCAGACAGAUACUCAGGAAGCAGAGGUUGAGAAUCCAGCAUGCAGCUCUUCUCAAGUACCAAUAUUCCCACCAGAACUGCAGACUAGUUCUGAGUACACAAAGUCUGUAUAUUUUGAGGGUCCAAGUUGGAGUUGGGCCUCUCCAUCUAGUUUGUCAGAACUUCUUGCCUUGAAGACAAAAUACCCACAAGCCCCUGUAAUCAUGGGAAAUACAACAGCAGCUUUAUCAAUUAAGCUAGGGAAAUUCAACAAGUCACCUAUAUUACUAUAUGGGGGUAAUAUAGAAGAGUUAAAGCAGGUCAGUGUAACAGAUGAUGGCGUCAGCUUUGGUGCCGCUGUGACAGUGACUGAAUUAGGCCAACAUUUACAACGAAUGAAGAAUGAAAUUCCAGAAAAUAAAAGAGAAUAUUUUACAGCACUAGAGGAGAUGGUAGGGAGAUAUGGAGCAGAUCAAAUUAGGAAUGUGGCUACAUUGAGUGGAAGUAUACUGUCAGGAAGGUCCAACUCAGAUAUUAUCACACUGUUUACAGCGUUGGAUGCCAGUGUGUGUCUGAUUUCAGAAUUUUGCUUGGGCUCUUACCGGCAUCUUAUUGAUAUUUCAGCUAAUGGUGAGAGAAUAGUCGGAAUUGAAGGACUUUGUGUGCAGGAAAAUGAGGUCAUUAAAUCAGUGUGCAUCCCAAACAGUGGUCAGGGUAAUAUAUCCAAGAGUAAGUUCUUCAAACAAGCACAGAGAAGGACAUUCUCAUUGGCCAUCAUUAACUGUGGACUUGUUGUGACAUUGUCAGAUAAAAGGACGGUGGAAAAACUUAGGAUUUGUUUUGGAGGGAUAGCCGACAAAGCAGUUUUGGCAAGAAAGACAAUGAAGUUAGCAGUGGGGAGGACUUGGGAUGAUGACUUGCUUCAAGAUGUUAUUGUCAGUUUGUCAGAAGAUUUUGCGUCUGACAAUGGCAAGCCUGUUGACAACUACAAGCUCUCCGUGGCAACAGCUUUCUUCUUCAAAUUCUACAAUCAAGUCAAAACAGAUUUGGGUCAAUCUGGGCCAGGUACCGCAUGUCUUGAUCCACUCACACUUGAACCCUGCUCCUCCACACAAUUCUAUGAUGCCUGUACAGAGCCGGGUCAAUCAGAGGACGAUGCAUUAGGUCGACCUAUACCAAAUGUAUCAUCAGAGGCUGUGGUGUCAGGGGAGGCAGUGUAUACAGAUGAUAUGCCCAGAAUGGAAGGUGAGUUGUUUCUAAGCCUUGUCUUAAGCCGUAGAGCUCAUGCUAAAAUUCUGAGUGUGGAUCCCAGUGCGGCAUUGAAGAUGGAGGGUGUGCACAGUUACAUUGAUCAUAGAGAUGUCCCAGGUUCAAAUCUGUGGGGACCCAUUAAAAAGACUGAAGAAAUCUUUGCAUCUAAGGAGGUGUUGUGUAUAGGCCAGCCAAUAGGAGCUAUAUUAGCAGAGAAUAGGGAAGUUGCAAGAAAAGCAACAUAUCUUGUGAAAAUAGAAUAUGAGGAUCUCAAACCAAUUCUUACUAUUGAGGAUGCAAUUGAAGCACAGAGUUUCUAUGAAGGUGCUCCAUGUGCCCACCAGCUGGAAGGGGACAUAGAGAAAGGAUUUCAGGAGUCUGAUCAUGUUGUGAAUGGGGAAUAUAGGACUGGACAUCAAGAACAUUUCUAUAUGGAGCCACAUGCUGCGUACGCCAUUCCUAAAAUAGAGAAUAAUGAACUGGAGAUCUAUUGUACAGCACAACACCUUAUGAACUUACAGGGGACUUUAUGUGAAGCCAUAAAUGUUCCCAAGCAUAAAGUGAAUGUCAGGAUCAGACGACUUGGUGGAAGUUUUGGCGGGAAAGAUACAAGAAAUGCAAUGGUUGCUGUGCCAGUUGCUAUAGCAGCACACAAAUAUAAACGCCCCGUGCGAUGUGUGUUACCGCGGGAGAUCGACAUGGAGAUUUCUGGCAAACGUCAUCCUUUCCUUGGAAAAUAUAAGGUAGGAUUCAAUAAGGAAGGGAAAAUGAAAGCAUUAGAUUUGAAGCUAUACAAUCAAGGAGGACACUCACUGGACAAUUCUGUGGAGGUAAUAGGAGUAUCAGUAGAUAACUUUGACAGUGGUUAUAAAAUCGAGAAUGUAAAAAUCGAGGGUUAUAGCUGUAGGACAAACAUCAUGUCGAAUACGUCAUUCCGUGGAUUUGGAGGCCCACAGGGGGUACUUAUAAUGGAAGAUGUUCUAUUUAAUAUUGCCUGUACCCUCGGCAUCAGUCAAGAACAGGUGAGGGAAGUAAAUAUGUAUAAAGAAGGGGAUACAAAUCCACAUGGUUUAAAACUUGAGAAUUGCACUGUUAGAGAUCUGUGGGCUAAAUGUAAAGAGGACAGUAAAUAUGAAGAGAGGCUGAAAAGUGUGAAGGCCUUCAACAGAGAUAAUAAAUUUAAGAAGAGAGGUAUCGCAAUGACCACAGAGAAGUUUGGAGUAGGUUUUCCAGCUGUUUUCCUUAAUCAGGGGACAGCCAUUGUGAACAUUUACACAGAUGGUUCAGUGUUCUUGGCUCAUGGCGGAGUUGAAAUGGGACAGGGACUGAAUACAAAACUUAUACAGGUAGCAUCAAGAGCACUUGGUAUACCAGUUGAACUGAUCUACACAAAUGAUACCAGCACAGAGAAGAUUCCUAAUGCUACACUCACAGGGGGCAGUAUGGGUACUGACAUCUAUGCUCCUGCCGUUCUUGAUGCUUGCAAUAUUCUGUCAGAGAGACUUGAACCUGUGAGGACAAAGCAUCCAGGCCUGGCUUGGCCUGCACUGGUCAAGAAGGCCUACUUUAACAGGGUAAAACUGGUUGCCACUGGUUUUUCUAGGAAAGAAAAAGAUGUGAACUGGAACAGAAACAAAAGGACAGGAUGGAAUUAUGAUUAUUAUACAUAUGGUGUCUGCUGUACAGAAGUGGAAAUUGAUGUACUUACUGGGGAAAACCAGGUAUUGCAAGCUGAUAUAGUAUUUGAUGUUGGUAAAAGUUUGAAUCCAGCUAUAGAUGUUGGACAGAUUGAGGGUGGUUUUAUACAGGGCCUUGGUAUGGUGACAACAGAGGACAUCGAGCCUGAUGCCACAGGAAAGAUACGGAACUGUAGUCCACUGAGUUACAAGAUACCGAAUGUGAGAAGUAUUCCGAGAAAGUUUAAUGUGACACUCUUCAAGAACCAUAACUAUGUGACAACUGCUUAUUCUUCUAAGGGAGUUGGAGAGCCUCCUUUGCUUUUGGCAAUGUCAGUAAUAUCAGCCUUGAAGGACGCAGUUCAAGAAGCACGUUCCCAGAUUGGUCUACACGGUUAUUUCGAACUAGAUUCACCAGCCACUGUGGAGAAAAUACAAACAGCCUGUGGCAAUCAAAUAAACAAAAAAUAAUUUGAAGACAUUUUAAGUUUGUUUCAUAUUGUAGCAAAAUUGAUUUUAAUAAUUAUUGCCGUUUUACGCAGUUUUUUUCAUCCCAGUCAGCUCGUCAGUUUUGAAAAAAGGUUUAGUUAUUAUGUCCACUAUUUCGUUGUUGUUGUAUUCAUGCAAAAACUUUUAUGUAGCCAAUUAUUCAAACGUUUUAUUUAAAAGUUAUCAAUAUGAAACUUGGAAUAUUUGCUAAUUAUGAAAAGGUGCAGUUGUGAAACAAGGGGCAUUAUUCUGAAAGCUUUAUCUUUAGAGUUAUGCUCCUUUUAUCAACUUAAAGUUUUUCUUAAAGUUGGUAAUUGAUACUAGUGGUUGUUGCCCUUUUUACAGAUAAGUAUUAACACCACAUGCAGGGCUGUUGUUCUUUUUACCUCUGAUUUUGUAUUAUUAUGGGUGUUGGGCUUUAUAUGAAUUGUUUAUUAACUUGUUAGGUUUUGUAUAAUGAACAUGUACUAUCAGUGGUCCAGUUCGGCACAUGACUUGUUCCGACUCGUUUAAUGUCAUUAUACCCCCACAAACGAAGUUUAGGGGGGGUAUAUAGGAGUCAGCUUGUCGGUCGGUUGGUCGGUCGGUCCGUCGGUCGGUCCACAUCAUGGUUUCCGGACGAUAACUUGAGUUUGGAAUGAGGUAUUGUAAUCAAACUUGGUAUAUAGCAACCUUAUGUGGCAACUCCGGUUGGUAUUGCAUUUGGACCCCCUGGGGUCAAGGUCAAGGUCACUGUUACUAAAAAUAGAAAAAUGGUUUCCGGACAAUAACUAGAGUUAGGAAUGAGAUAUUGUUAUCAAACUUAGUGUAUAGCAGGCUUAUAUGAAGACCUGGGUUGGUAUUGCAUUUGGACCCCCUGGGGUCAAGGUCAAGGUCACCGUUACUAAAAAUAGAAAAAUGGUUUCCGGACAAUAACUAGAGUUAGGAAUGAGAUAUUGUUAUCAAACUUGGUGUAUAGCAAGCUUAUAUGAAGACCUGGGUUGGUAUUGCAUUUAGACCCCCUGGGGUCAAAGUCAAGGUCACCGUUACUAAAAAUAGAAAAAUGGUUUCCGAACAAUAAGUACAGUAAGGAAUGAGAUAUUGUUAUCAAACUUGGUGUAUAACAAGCUUAUAUGAAGACCUGGGUUGGUAAUGCAUUUGGACUCCUUGGGGUCAAGGUCACCGAUACUAAAAAUAGAAAAAUGGUUUUCGGACAAUAACUUGAGUUAGGAAUGAGAUAUUGUAAUCAAACUUGGUGUAUAGCAAGCUUAUAUGAAGACCUGGGUUGGUAUUGCAUUUGGACCCCUUAGGGUCAAGGUCACCGUUACAGUGUUACUAAAAAUAGAAAAAUGGUUUCCGGACAAUAACUAGAGUUAGGAAUGAGAUAUUGUAAUCAAACUUUGUGAAAAGCAAGCUUAUUUGGAGACCCCAGUUGGGGUUACAAUUAAUUGAAAUAUUUCUUUGUACACAGUUGAUAGUUUGUGUUCAAAUUUUUCUUCAGACUACUUUUUUUUCAAAAAGUCACAGUUGCUGGUGGGGGUAUUAAUCACCUUCAGUGAUAGGUCUAGUUAUUUCUAGAAAACCAACAAUUUAUAAGAAACAGAGCUGCGAACAAAUGGUAAGAUACACAUGGCAUUAUAUAAUCCACAAAAAAUUCAAAUGCUAGAAAUAUUUCAAUGAAAGUGGCAUUGAAGAAACCGGAACUGGUCCUGUACCAGAACUGGUUACUUGACUGAUUUGCUCUUAAUUUAGAACUGUCGUAUUUGCUCUAAAUUUAUAACUGUCGUUAUGUGAUAUAACUAUGCUAAAAUUAAGCUGCCAGAAUCUUUUUCCAUCUAAUUUGGCAAAAAAAAUCUGGUUAAAAUUGGGGAAAAUAUUAUGUGUAUUGAAAUUAGAAAUUUUUGAAAGAAAAAAAAAAAAGAUAAUAAAAAUCUACCUCCAACUGAACAGUAUUCAUGUAAAUGAUCAUUUACUGUGUAAGUGAUUCAGUUAGCGAUGUGGAAAUAAAGGAAUUUUGCUAAUGGAUGUAAAUCGCUAAAAUUUCCUCCAGCAUUAAUAUCUCUCAACCUGUUUUUAGUUCUCACACUACUCGGAGAUUGAUGAUCUGCUAAUAUUUCCAUGGGCAAAAUGUUUGUUACUUUAGAUUUGCUAACUUUUGACAUUCGGAAAUAUCCACUUACACAGUAACCUUUCUUUUAACAAGAAACUAAUCAAUAUUGUUGAUUUCUUCACUGAAGAUAAAACAGUUUUAUUUUUGGGGCUGCUGUGGAGAACUUAUGUUAAGGUUAAGGGUAAAUUAUCUCCCUUGCAUUUUAUAUUUGAAACACUUUGGAAUAUAUGGCUAUUAAUACAAUUACAUGUACGCUGUCUUUAAUUUUACUCAGGAUUUGGAUUGCACCAGUCUUUAUAUUUUGUUUUUCUUUGUAUUUACUCUAAGUCAGUUAAAUUUAAAUAAUUUAUAUUAUCUGCUUAAGUAACAACAUGUAAAUAUAUUUGUAAGGCACUAUGUGAAGAUUUUCUUCAAUGUCAUGAAACAAAAACAUGAAUUUAUGUUUACAUGUUGAAAUCUCACUUCAUCUCCUGGACUGUAGAUUUAUCUGAAAAUAAAAAGGAGCCAGAGUCAAAUGCUCUUAACAGGGCAUGUUAUUAAACACCCACCAAAAAAUUACAUAUUGUAUUAUGUGUUUUAGUUAUACAUAUUGUUUAUUGAGAAUUGAUUAAUUAGGUAUUUAUGUAUUUGCCUUCUUUUAUGGUACAUGUAUUUGUAAUUUUCAAACAUUUAUGUGUUAUAUAAGCAAGCAUAUACAGCUGAUAAACUUGUACCUACAGACAUAUGUUUGAUUUAAGUUGAGACAGUUUAACAUAUACAUUAGUUUUUGAUUUCAGUUGAUUAAGUUGUAUCUAUUGAAUGUUAUUUGAUGCCUGUUGAUAUGUUUUACCUGCAUAUUAGUGUUUGAUAAAGUUAUUCUUACAGAUUAAGUUAUUCUUACAGAUUAGUGCUUAGUUCAUAUAGUUGUACUUAUAUAUUAAGCUACACUUACAGAUUGGUGUUUGGUGCCAGUUGAUACAGUUUUACUUACAGAUUAAUUUGUGCUUAUAGAUUAGUGUUUGUUGUAAUUUGAUAAGGUUUACUUACUUGCUAGUUUUUGAUGUUGUAUCUGCAGAUAAGUGCUUGAUGUCAGUUGAGAUAGCUAUUCUUAAGAUUAGUGUUUGAAGACAGUUACAGAUAAGUGCUUGAUGCCAAAUGAGAUAGUUAUUCUUAAGAUAAGUGUUUGAAAAACAUUUACAGAUAAUUACUAGGUGCCAGUUGUGAUUGAAAUUCUUAAGAUUAGUGUUUGAAGACAGUUUACAGAUAAGUGCUUGAUGCCAGUUGAGAUAUUCUUAAGAUUAGUACUUGAAGACAGUUUACAGAUUAAUGCUUGAUGCCAGUUGAGAUAUUCUUAAGAUUAGUACUUGAAGACAUUUUACAGAUAAGUGCUUGAUGCCAGUUGAGAUAUUCUUAAGAUUAGUACUUGAAGACAUUUUACAGAUAAGUGCUUGAUGCCAGUUGAGAUAUUCUUAAGAUUAGUACUUGAAGACAGUUUACAGAUUAAUGCUUGAUGCCAGUUGAGAUAUUCUUAAGAUUAGUACUUGAAGACAUUUUACAGAUAAGUGCUUGAUGCCAGUAGAUAUAGAAGUACAUGUGAUAGGAUAGCUUAUUUUUAGUCCCCUACCGGUUUACCGGAGGGGACUUUAGGUUUACCCUCCGUCCGUCUGUCCUUCUGUCUGUCUGUCCAUCCGUCAGUCCGUCCGUCCGUCUAUCCGUCCGUCAGUCCGUCCGUCCACAAAAUGGAUCCCGCGAUAACACAAAAAGUACUGAAAAUAUUUUAAUGAAACUUGAUAUAUGGAUAGAUGGUAGUAUGGAGAUUAUGCUCGUCUUUUUCUUUUCUUCCUAUGUUGAAAAUUCUGGUUGCUAUGGCAACAAAUAGACUGAAAAUAUGGCAAAUUUUACACAUAACCUGGAUCCUGCGAUAACGCAAAAAGUACUGAAAAUAUUUUUAUGAAACUUGAUAUAUGGAUAGAUGGCAGUAUGGAGAUUAUGCACGUCUUUUUCUUUCCUUCCUAUGUUGAAAAUUCUGGUUGCUAUGGCAACAAAUAGACUGAAAAUAUGGCAAAUUUUACACAUAACCUGGAUCCAGUGAUAACACAAAAAGUACUGAAAAUAUGUCUAUGAAACUUGACAUAUGGGUAGAUGGCAGUAUAGAAAUUAUGCACAUUCUUUUCUUAUCUUCCUAUGUUGAAAAUUCUGGUUGCUAUGGCAACAAAUAGACUGAAUUUCAAGAUUUCUGAUUCUAGUUUUUAAGUUUUUUCACUAUAAGUUCUUUAUUUCUUAAGGUAUUUUCUUCAAACUUUAUAUAUAAAUUGCUUGUCAUCAACCACAUCAUAUGUGAUAAGGUUUACAACUCUAGCACAAAAUUUAUCAGAAUUAUCUCCCUUGAACUUAAAAUUUUCAUGAAAAAAAACAUUGUUUUUUUAAUAACUUCUUUUUCUGAAUGUAUCUACUUCAAACUUCAUGUAAAUGUUUCUUAUUGUCACUCAACAUUUGUGAGUGUUCAAUACUCUACCAAGACUAUUUCCAGAAUUAUGCCCCUUUUGAACUUAGAUUUUUUUUUGAGAAAUUGGUAAUUUUUACUCCAACUUCUUCAAUCAUGAUAGGAUUUUAAAAAAGGUUAUAUUUUGAUUACAGGGAUGUUUAAAAAAUAACUUUAGAGUGUCCUUCAGUCCGUCUGUCUGUACAUAAAAACUGUUUCCUGUGAUCACUUUUAAAGAACUUUUUCAACAAAUUUACUUAAAAUAGGAACCUAAGUGAAUGGCCAAUGGCCCUUCAGAAUGUUGCUUUGGCUCUUACCAGUAGGGGACUUAUGGAUUGCUUGCAAUACUAUGAUAAUUGCUUGUUGUAUUUGUGUUGUAAUCUUUUUGUUGAUGUUUCACAAUAUUAAUCAGAAAUAAGAACAUGUAUUGUUGAAGAAAAUAAAGCUAGUCACAAUUGUUUUUUCCACAUCAAACCCUUAGCUUGUUUGUUAAUGCAUAAAUUACUUACUUACAAGGAAUAUGAUAUUUUCCCGUUACCUGACAGAGGUCAAGGUUGAAGGCCCCAUUUGGUGUGCACAAGUAUCUGAUGAUCCUAAAGGUUUGAAUGUGGUAAAUUGUUCAUCUCUUAUAUAAAUAUUUUGUAAGGUUUCCAUAGUCAGGGAAAUAAUUUUUUUUAUGGCGGGAAUUAUUGAAAUUUUUUGCAGAAUUUAAAAUUUAAGCAAAAUUCAGGGAAUUUUGAAACAGUAUGUCUAUGAGUCAUGUGAACACCAUUAAUAAAGACUAAGGCAGUUUGUUCAUGUUUGACUAGUGUUUUAAUAUAUUGUAGUUAUAAUAGUAUUAUAUAGUGGUAUGUUAUGUAAAAUAAAGUCAUUGACCCACCCUAAUUACAUAUUUAGCUCACCUGAGCUAGCUCAGGGUGAGCUUUUAGGAUCGUUAAAUGUCUGUCGUCUGUCCACACUUGUUUGUUAACACUCGUAAAUUAGAAGCUGGUUUUAAUAAGAUUGAUCGAAUAAGCCGUCACAUUUACAAAUGGAGUACUUGCUUGUUUUUAAGAGUCUUAGUCUAAGAAUGUUAUGUUAUGAUAUUCCAGUGGCUAGAUAUGACAGUGUUUAAGCUAUUGUAGUAAAGCUCACUUUAAAAUUCAUAAGUACUAUCUUGUUUGUUA